AUGACAUCAAUAUCUAUUCAAUUUCAAUUGAAUGAUCAACAGCCGGUUGCAGCAAGCUUACCAGCAAACUUUACUCUAGCCGAUUUUAAGAGUGCUGCUGAUAAAGUUUAUAAUAAUACAAGUUUUCUUUAUUCUUUUGUAUGCCAUGGAAAAGAAUUCGAGUUAAAUGAUGAAGACAAAUUCAAUAAUUAUAAAGCAUUAAUCACGUCAGGUACAACAAUUUUCACAAUAGAACAUCACAAAUGUUUUUUACCGGACACACUUAUUCAAUGUGCUGAUCAAAAUGAAAUAAAUAUUCAAGAUGUUCAGUUAGGUGAUGCUUUACUAGCAUUUACUACUUUUGGUGAGAUAGUAACGACAACUGUUGAAGAAGUGUUUAAACAUGAGGUCGAUGAGUAUGUAGAAUUACAAAUAGGAGAAAACCGAGUGAAUGUAACACGCGAACAUCCAUUUUUUAUUGGAAAUGGUAACUUUUGUUCUCUUGACAAGUUACGUGUCUCUGAUUGUAUUUAUAGCUUAAUUGAUGAUCACUUGCAAUCAACAACAAUAACAAACAUUAAAACUGUGAAGGCUCCGAAAACAUGUGUCUAUAAUUUACGUACUUCUCAACCACACACCUACUUUGCUAACAAAAUUGCUGUUCACAAUAAGCUUGGAACAACAUUUGUAGACCUAAGUAAGGACAAUGGUCUUAAGCGAAUUGAAUUUAGUCCUACUGCACCUUCUUGGCGUAUUGCAAGACCUGGAAUUUGUAUCGAAGGCAAAUGUUCUAAUCAAUCUUGUAGAGCAUAUAAACAGAUGGUGGUAGUAAAUAUUGGGAUCAGAGAAUUUAAUCUUCUUAACGAAAGUCAUAAAAUGUCAAAAUGUCCUGAAUGUUCAAGGUACGUUGAACCCAUAACAUGUGCUUUCAACAACUGUAUUUGGCGAUGGGAAGGCCUACUACAGUCCGGAACUGAUACAGAACCAAGGGAAGUUUCAGGAGAUUGGAAACGUGCAGACAAUGCUUACCAUCGUUUCGAUGAAAAUGUUAAUGAAGCAGCUGUCUGGCGACAAUUGAAUCUUUAUGCAAAAGCAAAAUAA